ACUUUACGGCACUGUUGACAUACGUAACGGCGUUGGUCCUGCUCUCUUCCAGCGGUUUUGUGUUUUUACAUUUCAAGUUAUGCUGUAGUUUUCUGUCAACACUGUCAUUAAAUGAGUGUUUUUGAUUUAUUUCGCGGGUUUUUCGGAGUGCCUGGAGGCCACUAUCGAGGCCGAAGGGACCCCUUCUUCGAUGCUAUGACUCAUGAUGAUGAUGACGACGAUGAUGAAGAUGAUGAAGAUGGAUUCUGCUAUGAUGGAUAUAGAGGGGACCAACAGGACCCCUUUGACGGUGCCUGGAGAUUUGGUUUCAGUUUUGGUCCGGAUGGGAUGAGGAUCCAGGAGCCUCCUGUGUUUGGCCAUGUCCUCAGAGAGAUGGAGGAGAUUUUCUCCCGGCUGGGCCGCUGGGAUGAGCAUUCAGAUUUUGGACACUUUGACGUUCCCAGAAUCAUGCCAACACCACCUCAGGACCGAGCGGAAAAAGAUGGAGGUAGCGGGAACCCUCUGAGAGACUUUAUGCUCAGGCCCCCGGACAGUGGCAAACAAGGGCCCUACAGAGAGCCACCAAGUGACAUCCAACCUUCUUAUGAGUCACCACAAUUUCCCCGCACACCUUUUCAUGGCUGGACCCCUUUUUCCAAGUUUAAUGAUAUUUGGAAGCAAGGGCCACAGAAAACUCCAGAUGAGAACCUCAAAGAAGACAGAGAUCUGGACUCUGCCGUGUCCUCUGGUGGCCUGGAUCAGAUUCUAACUCCACCUGCUGGUCAGGUACCAAGCCAACCCAGGACCCGGUCAUUCUUCCAGUCUGUCACUGUCACCAAGGUGGUAAAACCUGAUGGGACUGUAGAGGAGAGGCGUACAGUCAGAGAUGGCCACGGUAAUGAGGAGACCACGGUGACUCGCUCAGGAGGCUCUGCGAUGUUGGAGGGUUCCGACCAUCAGACCGGACCCGUGCUACGGGGUAAUCCACAUCGCUUCUCAGACUUGCGGGAUGACGACUCAUUAUUCUCCAAGUUCUUUGGGGGGUUUAAAUAACGUAAAAUAAAGCAUAUUUUCUAGAAUGAACAGUUUAGCUUUUGUUCUCUGACAAGUGUUUAUCUCAAGCUGUGCGUAGGGUUUUUUAUGGACAGACACUUGCAUGAUCCUAAAUUUUCUAAAUUAAUUUUUUUGGAUGAAAAGUUGAGUUGUUGACUUGUCGAGGACUAUACAGGAAUUUUAAAGUGAAUGCUUAAACUUCCAGUCCUUCCAAUCACUAGUCUUAAUGACAUAUUGAGACACAUAGAUGAGUUAUGAGUUAUUUUUGUAUUGUAAACAAGCCAGUAUGGAUAUGUGUGUGCGUGUGUGUAAAGAAUCAAAUAAAUUAUAUAUAUUUA